UUAUAAUUUUGUAAUAUAAUGCUGUUCUUAUUAUGACAGUUGUUGAUGUGAUAAGAUCUUUUACUGAUAUUGAUGUAUUACUUUACAUAAAAAUACUUUAGGAGAUAGUAAUAUUCUACUGAAAUUUAGUAAAUUGCUGAAAAAAAGAUGUCAGAUGACUCAAGCUUGUAUAAACUAGAUGGAAUUGAUGGAAAUGAAGCAGGAGGCCUCAUUAUUCGUAAGAAAACUUCAGAUCAUACUUUUAAGAAGCCUUCUCUGUUAGGACUCGAGAAGCUUGCGGAACGAAAAAGAAGAGAACAGUCACAGGAACCUACUAAACCUACUAGUUCAAGGUCUGAAAAAUCUGAAGGAAAGGACAGGAGAUAUCGAUCUUAUGAAGAAGAAACUCCUACUCACACUGGUGGUGUCAACACUGAAGCACAACGGAGAUUAGAAUCACGGCUCAAGCGUCAAAGAUUAAAUGUAGAUGAUAGAGGUUCUAGAAAUUCACACAGGAGUCGUGAAAGAGACCGAGAUAGGCGAAGAGACAGGGACAGAGAAAGUCGAGGCAGAGAUAGUGUGAGGCAAACGCCUCUUAGAUUUAAAGAUGAACCCCAGACACCCAAAUUCCGAACGAAAGAUCCCACUUCCAAGAGCAAUUGGGACGAUGACGAAGAUGAAGAACCGCGACGAUCGAGCUGGGAUCAUCCGACACCGAAUAUUUACAACAGAGAUGGCAGGACAGAUCGCGACAGCAUCAGAAGCGAAUUUACUCCUUCUUAUAAAUAUAAUUCUUGGAACAAAGAUUUUAAGAGUUCUGGUGCCACUCCAAUGGUAGAUGGAGAGGAAAAGGAAUUGUGGGAGGAGGAACAGCAAAGAUUGGAUAGAGAAUGGUACGGGUUGGACGAUGGAGAGAACAAUGCUUUUGCCAAUGUGUCCGAGGAAUACACACGAAAGAAGGAAAUGGAACUGGAGGCCAGGAGACAGAAACGCCUUUCCGCACAACAACGACAAAUAAAUAAAGAUAAUGAAUUGUGGGAGCGUAACCGUAUGUUAACAUCGGGAGUUGUCAGCUCGUUGGAACAUGAUGACGACCCCGAUGACGAGGGUGAAGCGAGAGUUCACUUGCUGGUUCAUAAUGUAGUCCCGCCAUUCCUGGAUGGUCGCAUCGUAUUUACAAAACAACCAGAACCAGUUGUACCUGUGCGCGAUCCUACAUCUGAUAUGGCUCUCGUAGCGAGGAAAGGUUCAGCGCUGGUCAAGGCAUAUCGCGAACAAAAGGAAAGGCGUAGAGCACAAAAAAAGCAUUGGGAAUUGGCUGGAACACACAUUGGCAAUAUUAUGGGUGUACACGAUCGGCGUAAGGACGACAAGGAACAUGCGGGACAAGAAACAGAUUUUAAAGCCGGACAAAAAUACGCACGGCAUAUAGGAGCAGGAGAAGUAACGGGGGAAGCUAGGCAUAGAUCUAUUCAACAUCAAAGAAGAAGUCUCCCCGUAUUCGCGGUACGCCAAGAGCUGCUGAACGUUAUCAGAGAGAAUAGCGUUGUCAUAAUAGUAGGUGAAACAGGUAGCGGUAAGACGACUCAAUUGACGCAAUAUCUUCACGAAGACGGAUACAGUCGUUACGGUAUAAUUGGUUGUACUCAGCCUCGAAGAGUAGCUGCUAUGUCUGUUGCGAAAAGAGUGUCUGAUGAAAUGGCAACUGCUCUAGGUGACAAAGUCGGAUAUGCAAUACGUUUUGAAGAUUGUACUUCGAAGGAUACAAUCAUCAAAUAUAUGACUGAUGGUAUUCUAUUGAGAGAAAGUUUGAGAGAAGGGGAUUUGGAUCGUUACAGUGUUGUCAUAAUGGACGAAGCUCAUGAACGGUCGCUUUCCACUGACGUAUUAUUCGGUCUUCUCAGAGAGGUGGUUGCUAGACGACACGAUCUAAAAUUAAUUGUAACUUCCGCAACGAUGGAUUGCAGCAAAUUCUCUGCUUUCUUCGGUAACGCGGCAACGUUUCAAAUACCUGGACGCACGUUUCCCGUCGAGGUGUUGCAUGCGAAGAAUCCGGUCGAAGAUUAUGUAGACGCGGCUGUAAAGCAAGUCAUGCAGAUUCAUUUGCAGCCUAAAAGUGGCGACGUACUAGUCUUCAUGCCUGGUCAGGAGGAUAUUGAAGUCACUUGCGAAGUUUUGAAGGAACGUUUAGCUGAAAUCGAAUCAGCACCAUCUCUCUCUAUACUGCCUAUCUAUUCCCAAUUACCGUCGGAUCUGCAGGCAAAAAUCUUCCAACGGUCUGAAGGUGGUCUUCGCAAGUGCGUCGUGGCAACUAAUAUAGCAGAAACGUCGCUAACAGUCGACGGAAUCGUUUUUGUUGUCGAUUCUGGAUAUUGUAAACUGAAAGUAUAUAAUCCUCGAAUAGGUAUGGACGCUCUGCAGGUAUAUCCUGUUUCGAGAGCCAACGCCGAUCAACGGCAAGGAAGAGCUGGUCGUACCGGUCCUGGUCAGUGUUACAGAUUGUACACACGGAGACAAUAUUUAGACGAAUUAUUAUUAACUGGUGUUCCUGAGAUACAACGUACAAAUUUAGCUAAUACAGUGCUUCUAUUGAAAUCAUUGGGAGUACAGGAUCUAUUGGCAUUCCAUUUUAUGGAUCCGCCACCACAAGAUAAUAUAUUAAACUCGUUAUAUCAGUUGUGGAUUUUGGGCGCACUCGAUCAUACUGGACGUCUGACCGCCCUUGGCCGGCAAAUGGCCGAGUUUCCUUUGGAUCCACCUCAAUGCCAGAUGCUCAUAGUCGCCUCGCAACUCAACUGCACUGCCGAUAUCCUCAUUAUCGUCUCCAUGCUGUCAGUUCCGUCGAUUUUUUAUCGACCUAAAGGACGCGAAGAAGAUUCAGAUUCGGCGCGUGAAAAGUUUCAAGUACCAGAAUCAGAUCACCUAACAUAUUUGAACGUGUACAAUCAAUGGAAGGCAAAUGGUUAUUCAAGUUCCUGGUGUAACGAUCAUUUCAUACAUGCAAAGGCGAUGCGCAAGGUGCGGGAGGUACGGUCGCAACUCGAAGAAAUUCUAAAACAACAAAAAAUGGACGUUGUCAGUUGCGGUACCGACUGGGAUAUCGUGCGAAAAUGCAUCUGUUCCGCAUACUUUCACCAAGCAGCACGUCUGAAGGGUAUCGGCGAGUACGUUAAUUGUCGUACCGGAAUGCCAUGUCAUCUUCAUCCUACCUCCGCGCUAUUCGGCAUGGGAUUCACGCCUGAUUACGUCGUAUACCACGAACUCGUAAUGACUGCCAAGGAAUACAUGCAAUGCGUUACCGCGGUAGAUGGUCAUUGGCUGGCCGAAUUGGGUCCCAUGUUCUUUAGUGUGAAAGAGACUGGUAGAAGUGGUCGCGCGAAACGACGGCAAGCGAUGCAGCACCUCCACGAGAUGGAGCAUCAAAUGAAGGAGGCUGAAGAGGAGAUGAAGGCACGCGCCCAAGAGCAACUCGAACGCGAACAGGCGUCGGUUCGGAAGAAGGAAAUAUUAACGCCUGGCAUUAGAGAACCGGGCACCCCCGCUCCCUAUCGCAACACUCCCGGAAGAUUAGGAUUAUAAUCAGUUUUCCUAUGUAUAGUGUAUCUCGACGUGUAUACUGUUGCAAAUAUUUCAUUAUCUGCUAAGAGGAAAAUAC